AUGUCAACGACAAACUUGUCGAAUGUUAUGGAAAUUGAUGAUGAUAUACAUAAUAUACCAAUACUAGUAAAUGAACCCAAUGGUGUUUUAACUCCAAAUCAUGAACAAUCUAUGAUCCAGAAAGUAUCAUAUACUUCAUCGGGAUCACAUUAUGAUAAUCACAAUAUAAUAUCCAAUGAGUUGAAGGUGGCAAUAAAUGGACAUUCUAACCAAGCUGAAGAAUUAUUGUUCAAAAAAUCAAUAAUAUCACCGCAGCCCGAGCCUAGUGGAUUAGACAUUUUGAGUCGGGUAGCUCAGGAUAUGCUUGGACGACGUGCGAAAUUAUCUCAAAGAGUAAAUCAAAGAUUGAUUACGUUACAACCAGUAAAAGUCGACGAAAAUAUAUCAAAAUUAACAUUUGACGAUUUUAAACAAUCGUCAGACUUUUCAAAAGAAUCAAAGGCACAUUUUGUACUAUCAAUUCAAAAAUAUGCUUUAGCGUCUUCAAAGAAGAAUUUGUCGAAAAAGUUACAACCUAUU